CGCAGUACGCUCUCCCAGCGCCUUUAUAGUACAUCAUCACCCGGCGCGUUGCUUCAGUGCAGUGGUGGAGGCCUUGCGUAGAGACGAUGGACGACGAGGAAGAGACGUAUCGUCUGUGGAAGAUCCGGAAGACCAUCAUGCAGCUCUGCCAUGAUCGAGGCUAUCUAGUGACCCAGGAUGAGUUGGACCAGACGCUGGAAGAGUUCAAAGCCCAGUUUGGUGACAAGCCCAGUGAAGGGCGGCCCCGACGCACCGAUCUCACUGUGCUGGUGGCCCACAAUGAUGACCCCACAGAUCAGAUGUUUGUCUUUUUCCCAGGUAAUCGCAUAAAAUGAAGAAGAACAUAGACU